AAGAAAACAGGAAACUGUGUAGAAACGAAAAGUUCGAGGCGUUUUCAAGGGAAAGGUGGGUGUUAUAAAAGAUUAAUAUCUGCUUCCACAGACAUGAUGCUUUAAUGCUGUUGUCGCCGAAGAGGACGUGUGUUUGCUGUGCCCGCUGUUUCGAUGGCUUGCUUUGACAGUAAUAAAGGGAGUUUGGAGGAGGACAGCUAUGAAGGAGCUGUUGGUGGAGAGCUGUCCGGCUGUGCUUUGGCAAUGCUGGAAAAAGAAUCCCUUCUCAGCCCGUCAGAGAGCCCCGGCACCUUCAUGAGCAGCACCUCCUCUAGUCUUCAGGCCCCUGCCCCCCUUCAAGGCUAUGAUGUGGAUUUUGACCCACCCCUAGAGAGUAAAUACGAGUGCCCUAUCUGCCUUAUGGCUUUGAGGAAUGCCAUCCAAACACCCUGUGGUCACCGUUUCUGCAAGAACUGCAUUGAGAAAUCAAUUCGUGAUACAGGACAGAGGUGCCCUGUGGACAAUGAAAGGCUGUCAGAAGACCAGUUGUUUCCUGAUAACUUUGCCAAACGGGAGAUACUCUCACUAACUGUCCGCUGUCCAAACUCUGGCUGUGCUGAGAAAAUGGAGCUCCGACAUUUAGAGAAUCACUUGGCACAGUGUCAGUUUGCCACGGUGCCUUGCCCACAGUGUCAGCAGUCUGUGAGAAUGAGCCACCUCGAGGAGCACAAAACUGCCGAGUGCCGACAGAGACCUGUGUCAUGUCCAGACUGUGUGGCAAGCUUUGUUUAUGAGGAGAGAGAGCUUCAUGAGCAGCAGUGUCCCUUUGCCAAUGUGAAGUGCCAGUACUGUGAGAUGGAUCUCAUCAGAGACCAGAUGGAGUCUCACUGUGAUACAGAUUGCCCAAAAGCACCCAUUGCCUGUAACUUUAGCACCUUCGGAUGUAAGGAAAGGAUGCAGCGCCACAACUUGGCUCAGCAUAUGCAGGAGUUCACGCAGAUGCACAUGCGCUACAUGGCUGAGUUCCUGCGUGGCCUUAGCCUCAACGGCACCACACCCAAAUCCCUGUGGGCGCUAGGACCUUCAGUCUCCUCGGAGGAUCAAGGAGCUGCAGCAUCAGUUUCAGCCUGUAGCGGGCCCAGAGGAGGAGCUGCAAGCUGCAGCAGCAACUCUGCCCCGUCUCAGCCCACUGAGGAGAUGCAGAGGCUCAGGGAGAUGGAUGGACGAUUAGUGAAGCAGGAUCACCAGCUGCGUGAGCUCAUCAUCUUAAAAGAGACACAGGCUGGCCAUCUCGCAGAGAUCAGGCGUAGAGUGUCAAUGCUGGAGGAGACAGUGAAGGAGCUGGAAGCCCAGCAAAGUCACGGUAUCUUCAUUUGGCGCCUCAGAGGUUUCUCUGCUCACCUGCGGAGCCAGGAAGCAGGCCUCCCAGUGGUUGAGCACAGCCCCGGCUUCUACACAGGCCGUCCAGGCUACAAGCUGUGCCUGCGCUUGCACCUGCAGACCCCCAACGCCCCGCGCUGCUCCAACUUCAUCUCUCUCUUUGUCCACACCAUGCAAGGAGCUUUUGACGGGCUGCUGAGCUGGCCGUUCCAGGGCACCAUCCGCCUUGCCAUCCUUGACCAGGGCCCCGAGGGUCAGCACCACAUGGAGGUGAUGGAGACUAAACCCGACCUGCAAGCCUUCCAGAAGCCCACCAUCCAGCGCAACCCUAAAGGAUUUGGCUAUGUCACCUUUCUGCACCUUCAGCAGCUGAGUCAAAGAGCCUUUAUUAAAGAUGACACUCUACUCAUCCGCUGCGAGGUGACACCUCGAUUUGACAGUAUGUUUCACCGCGAUGGUCCGACAGUGCAGCCCAGAGGACACGAGGCCUCAGUUUCAAGGGACUAAAGCCAAGCUCAUAUCUAUAGGAGGAUCGUUAU